UGCGCGGAUGUGUAAUAGUAUUUGAUACCGGUGACGUCAGGCUGCUAGCUAAAAGUAAGGCCUGCUACUCUUCAUAUUUUUUUGUGACUUUCUUCCUAUAAUGGCAGUCCAGCUGAAAGAUAAAGACGCUUACCAAAGACUGAACUUUCUCUACCAGGCAGCUCAUUGUGUUUUAUCUCAGAAGCCGGAGAAUGUGGAGCUGGCUCGUUUCUACAGCUUCACACAGAAAACUAUAGCGAGACGUUUGGUCCUCAGACAAGACCCAUCAGUGAAGAGAACAUUAUGCAAGAAGUGCUGCUCAGUGCUUAUCCCCGGUGUUACUGCGACAACAAGACAGAGAAGAAAAAAAGGCAGGACCCGCUUCACUGUAGUUCGGUGCCUCAGCUGCGGGCAGAGCCGGACCUUACUGAACGACCCGGAUCACUGUCUGUGGGUGGACCGCCCCGAGGCUCAGCUGGAGACAAAGAAACAGCCAGAUCCAGGACCUUCUACUAAAAAACAGCCAAAAGAUAAAAAGCCUAAAGUGUCUGCUAAACCCAGCGAUGCCCAGAGCGCCACCAGCGCGUAGCAGCAGCUCCCCUCCUCUGAACCACUCAUAUUUAUUUUAUGCAUAUAUCCACUUCUACAGGUGCAUCUCAAUGAAUUAGAAUAUCAUAUAAAAGUUUGUCAGUAAUUCAAUUCAAAAAGUGGAAAUUACACUUUAUAUAGAUCCAUUACACACAGAAUGAAACAGUUUACAUCUUAAUUUAUUUAAUUUCUUCUAAUUAUAAUGAUUAUGGCUCACAUUUAAUGAAGACCUGAAUUGAAUUAAGGACAUAAAUAAACAUUUCUAUCAUAUUCUAAUUUAUUGAGAUGCACCUGUAUACACAAUCUCUUAGUAGUUUUAUUGAUUUAUUUUGGCCUCUAUGAUCUGUCUGCUGUGUGUCACAAUGUGAUUCCUGAUGCUGCCAGCAGGGGGCCACCAUGUGUUGUGAGAAAAAAAAAUUGUUGGUGGACAUGGUUUUUUUUUUUCUUCCAAGAGUCAAACUUCAUUGAUGUAAAUGAUUUUAUUAAAAACUGCCAACAAGAAUUGAAGGAUUAAAUUAAUUUGUCCUGUUGAUAUUUUACAUUUUCUGUACAGUAACAAUAUCUUAUUAUCAGGUAUUUUCCUUUAAAGUUUGACUUAGAAAAUAAAAAUGUAUAUUUUCUUCACAUUUGCUUCUUCUCUGCUUUGUCCCCCUUCGGCACUCUGAAGCGGGUCUUCUGAGAGUACAGAAGGUUCUUGGCGAAGAUCCUGGGGAUGUGGCCCAUGUACAGGAGGAGAGCCAGACUCAUGCCUAGAAGACAGACACUCACUGUAAACUGUGUGAUCACUGUUAACCCUCUAUGGUACGGUGUUGCCCCCAGACAACAUACCAAUUUUUGGCCUGUCAAAUUUCUACAAUGUAUCUUUUUGAGUGAUGUGAUAUUUUUUUAUAAGAGGGAAGAGUAUAGGGAACCACUAGCAAUGGUUUAAUUCGUCACAUGACCUCCAGGAGGCUGUAUUGAAACCCUUUUUUGCAGACUUUUCCAAAGGAAACGAUGUGAAUUUGUACCCUGUUGAAGCUACUGAAUCUUUUACACAUGUUUAUUAAAUAAAUUAUGUCAAAAUUAA